GGAGGAAGUUGUCAAGGAAGUGAGUUUAUGUUUAUACAGGACCUCACGCCCUCACCUACUGUCAACCAAUCAUGUUAAUGCGAAGCUAUACAGAGCCUUCCUUAUUGUUACAACAUUUGAGAGGCGCAUGGCGAUGUUGUACAGAGGUGAAUUUGGGCUCUGCACUUGCGUCACACCAUCCAUACAGCGCAUCCAACCACAUUUUUCUGAUCAAGCAUAAAUUGUUUUUUAGCCCAUUGUCGUCAGUUGCUAAUUCUACAAGACAUUCGCUGCUGUGAGGUUAACAUUGGAUUUCCUGUGCUGUGAGCCAUGGCCAAGUCAUUGAAUAUCCCUCUAGAGGAAGAGAUGGUGAGCAUCCUAGGCCAAUGUGGAUCAGCUCUGACUAACGUCCUGCAAAGCAAGUUUGGAUGCACUACUGUGCUCCAUGGUGUAGAUGCCAACUAUGCAGGGCAGUCGAGGAAGCCCUCUAUCUUUCCUGAGGAAAGGUUUUCUAUACAUCUAUCCAAGAGCUUCAAGGUGUCUGUGUGGAAGGAUGACCUUACCACUCACCGCGUUGAUGCUGUGGUCAAUGCUGCCAACAACAGUCUAAAGCAUUAUGGAGGUCUCGCAAAAGCGCUUAGCGAUGCUGGUGGCCCAGCUAUCCAGCAAGAUAGUGACCAGUACAUUUUCAGUAAAGGAAUGUUGUCAACAGGAGAUGCUAUCAUCGCCCCACCUGGAGACCUUCCAUGCAGGAAGAUCAUUCAUGCUGUGGGUCCAAACCUUCCAUACGCCCCCAGAAAAUAUGACGUUGAUGAUGCCACACCACAACUCCAAAGGGCUGUUUUAAGCAUUCUGAAAGUGGUCAAGCAAGAUCAUCUGCAGUCAGUUGCCAUUCCUGCCAUAAGUUCUGGCCUGUUCAACUAUCCCUUGCCUAUCUGUGCAGAUGUCAUUGUUAAAACCCUGAAAGAGUACCAUGAUCCGAAUUACUCCGGAGCUCCACUAGAGGUUCGUCUGGUUAAUCAUGAUGAGCCAUCGGUCAGGGAGAUGGAGAGAGCGUGCCGUCAAAUACUGGGGUCCUCUGGUUCACACAGUCAACAAGUGGUGGCUCAGGGGCAGUCACCUAAGGCGUCAUACAGUCCAGCUGCAAGCAGCCACGGGAAAGGCUCCACCAAACCCUUUUCAACACAUACGGUUCAGCUUGGGAAUGUCAGUCUGACCAUCAAAAAAGGAUACAUCGAGAGAGAGAAGACUCUCGGUAUUGUGAACACAAUUUCUACUGACCUGAAUUUGUCAACCGGGGUAAUAUCCAAUGCAAUCCUGAAAGCAGCUGGCCAAGGCAUCCAGAAAGAGAUCUGGAAUUACUUCAAAAACAACCCCAAAUCUGGUGAUGUUAUUGAAACCCAGGGACACAAACUACUAUGCAAAAAUGUGUACCACACUAUAUGCCCUCACAAAAGUCAAGUGUCUGAAAAGAGUCUUGGUGACAUCGUCUCUAAGUGUCUGAGCAUGGCACAAAAAAGGCAGCUGUCUUCAAUCUCCUUCCCAGCCAUUGGUACUGGUGCGCUGGGCUUCAGCAAGCAGGAGGUUGCAAAGAUCAUGAUGGACACAGCCGUGACAUUUGCCCAGCACAACAAUGGAAUGAAGAUGGAUAUUUAUUAUGUGAUCUUUCCAUCUGACGCUGAGACAUUUAAGGCUUUUGAAGAUCAACUGAAAUCUCUUCAAGGCGCAACACAACAUUCUAGCUCCUCCUCUAAAGGAUUUGGGCACACAACUGAUCAGUAUGAGUCCAGAGCUACAAAUGAACACCGAUAUCCAAGGGGAGGUGCAUCACCGUAUAUCGAGCUCAACAGUGCCCACAGUGAUAAAUCGAUGGAGGCCAAAUCUUGGCUCACUCAUGCUUUCAAGCCCUCUGAGAACUUCACCAUUUUCAACAGUUUCAUACUGCACUUUGGUCAGAGGGAAUUUGACGAGCUGCUUUCCCUUCAAACCAAGUGGAAUGUUUCCAUUGAGGAGUUCUUUAAAGAUGGUCGUACUGGUGUGAACAUCCAGGGGGCUUCUAGAGGUGUCAGAGCUUCUGUGAUAGAGUUGGAAGCCAUUUGCUGCAAAGUCCAAGAAGAUUUUGCAAAUAAAGAGGAGCUUGCCAUGGGCCUGAAAUCGUCCAACAAUUUCUCAAGGAAGCCUGUAGAGAAGAACAGCUCAGAUGAUUUUUCCGGGCUUGAAAUUGUCAGGGUUGAGAAGGUGGAGAAUAGCACUCUGAAGCAUCUCUUUGAGCUAAAGAAGAGACAGUUGCAGUCUGCCUCUUCACAACGAAUGUACCAGCGCCUGCCAGCGCAAUACUGUGACCUGGUCAGCCGAGUGGGCUUCCAGAGGGAGUUUGCACCACCUUACGAGCAAAAGUAUGGAGAGGGUAUCUACUUCAGUAGCAGCGUGCAUGGGGCAGAGAAGCUGUGGAGGGGCUUGGCUGAUGAAGAGUACCUGUACUUCAUUGAGGCGCAGGUGCUGACAGGAGAGUCUACUAUUGGCUCACCAGGUCUUACUGUGCCACCGGAGACCCCCGGUGGAGACCCGCUCAGCCUGUAUGACAGCGUAAAAGGGGGUGUAGACACCUGUGUCAUUUUCAAUGGUCACCAGGCCCUACCUGAAUAUCUGAUCAUCUGCAACAAAACUUCAACCCAUAAGUUUGGAUAACGAUGAAGUCCUAUGAAGUAAUUGUUGAAAAAAAAAUUACAUUUACAUUUUAGUCAUUUAGCAGACGCUCUUAUCCAGAGCGACUUACAGUUAGUGAGUGCAUACAUUUUUUCAUACUGGCCAAGAGCGAUAUAGAUCUUCAUUUUGUUCAGUGAUUGUCUACUAUACACUGAUUUUAUGAAAUUCUGACAUUUGCAUCACAUGUAUAUUGUUUUUUGAUUUGCCAUGGUUUAGUUUCUGCCUCGGUAAAAGCACUACGGCUUCAGUUUAUAGCCAACUAAAUGUUAUUGCAGUUUGAAUGGGUACGUUAUGAAUUUAGCAGUGGGUUUGCAUGUAUACUGAACAAAAAUAUAAACAUAACAUGCUAUAAUUUCAAAGAUUUUACUGAGUCACAGUUCAUAUAAGGA